UUCUUCCAAUAGCCGCCCGGGAAACGGCCCGGCGGACGGAGGCUGAAGCCCCCAGGAAGGACUGGCAAGAGUUACCUCGUCCGCGCAUGUGCACUGGCCGUCAGCCAGGGACUGCAAUGGCUUCAUUCAUGCUCCGCGCCUUGCUUAUUACGAGAAGCAUCGUGUUCCUGGCUCUCGUCCCAUACUGCUCUACAAACUGGGGAAGCGAGGCUCGAAAGUCGGAAACAAUUACCGCAGGAUAUCGGAAAAAUUAAAGCAAGUUGUUAAUGGAACCUCGGCCUAGAGAGACAAGUUCAAAGCCACUGGGAGCCGGUGCACGUGUUAGCCCCGCCCCGCCGUAGCGCGAAGCAACUAGGCGUGACCCUUCCCGCGACCCGUCGCGCGGCGGAGCCAGGGCGCAGGGCUCGACGGGCCCGGCGUCGCUAUGGAGCCAGACGGGACCUACGAGCCCGGUUUCGUGGGUAUUCGAUUCUGCCAGGAAUGUAACAACAUGCUUUAUCCCAAGGAGGACAAGGAGAACCGCAUCCUGCUCUACGCGUGCCGGAAUUGCGAUUACCAGCAGGAAGCCGACAACAGCUGCAUCUAUGUCAACAAGAUCACGCACGAAGUGGACGAACUGACCCAGAUCAUCGCCGACGUGUCCCAGGACCCCACGUUGCCGCGGACCGAGGACCACCCGUGCCAAAAGUGUGGCCACAAGGAGGCGGUGUUCUUCCAGUCACAUAGUGCCCGGGCUGAGGACGCCAUGCGCUUGUACUACGUGUGCACGGCCCCACACUGUGGCCACCGCUGGACCGAGUGAACUAUCCUCCCCUGUGUGUAAUAAAUACUGUGUUUUGUGCGUGCA